AUGUGCAUGGAGCAACCGAAACUUGCCUUUUUGAAUAUCGACCUGCAGCACGCACCUUUGAAUGGACAGACGGAAUCCUUUAUUCGUGUGGCUCGCCGAUCGUCAACCGACGUGCCAAAGCGAAAUAUUGUGCUCGACGCAAUUGAUUUGGUAUGCAACUCUCGAGGCUGUGGCUGGGACUGGUUGCAGGGAUUGUACAUCCCGCCUGAGACACAUCCUACAUCGUCAGGAUUGGCCUUUGUUACAUCCGCCCUAGUUUCUGGUCUAAAGCACUCAUUUCUUUGGGGCGCAAUUCACUCUGCCAUGAAGUCUUUCUCUCCAGAUACAUUUGGAUCUGUUGAUGGUGGUACCAUCUUCGACGACUCACUUUCCCCACACCUCCGUUAUUUACGAUCGAGCAUCAUCGCGACGCUAUGCGCAUUCGCCAUCUACUCAUAA